AUGGCGGCGGCGAACGACGGCGCCCCGCUCGGAUCCUCCGUAAUCUCACUAGUCAACAAACUUCAAGACAUCUUCAGCCGCGUCGGAAGCCAAUCCACCAUCGACCUCCCUCAGGUUGCCGUUGUCGGCAGCCAGAGUAGCGGCAAGUCUAGCGUCCUCGAAGCUCUCGUCGGCCGUGACUUCCUCCCUCGUGGUAACGAAAUCUGUACCAGAAGACCUCUUGUUCUCCAACUCGUUCACAUUCAAUCCUCCCAACCGGAAUCCGCCGAGUUUCUUCAUUUACCUGGACGUACCUUUCAUGAUUUCUCCCAAGUCCGUGCUGAAAUUCAGGCUGAAACUGAUAGGGAAGCUGGAGGGAAUAAAGGUGUUUCUGAUAAGCAGAUUCGUCUUAAGAUUUUUUCGCCUAAUGUUCUUGAUAUUACACUUGUGGAUCUCCCUGGUAUUACCAAGGUUCCGGUCGGUGAUCAACCUUCGGAUAUUGAAGCUCGAAUUAGAACCAUGAUCAUGUCCUAUAUCAAAGUUCCCACCUGUCUCAUUCUUGCUGUUACUCCUGCUAAUUCAGAUAUGGCUAAUUCUGAUGCUCUUCAAAUGGCUGGAAAUGCUGAUCCCGAUGGUCAUAGAACGAUAGGUGUCAUAACCAAGUUGGACAUCAUGGACAGAGGUACCGAUGCUCGGAAUCUGUUAAAGGGAGACAUUAUUCCCCUCCGACUUGGUUAUGUCGGUGUUAUAAAUCGGAGCCAGGAGGAUAUUAUGAUGAAUCGGAGUAUAAAGGAUGCUCUUGCUGCUGAAGAGAAGUUUUUCCGCAGUCAUCCUAUAUAUAGUGGUUUAGCUGAUAGUUGUGGCGUUCCUCAAUUGGCAAAGAAGUUGAACAAGAUUCUUGCCCAACAUAUCAAGGCUGUGCUACCAGGGCUGAAAGCACGAAUAAGCACUUCACUAGUCACUCUUGCAAAGGAACAUGCAAGCUAUGGAGAUAUCACAGAGUCCAAGGCUGGGCAGGGCGCACUUAUCCUGAAUAUUCUUUCAAAGUAUUGUGACGCUUUCUCCUCCAUGGUAGAGGGGAAGAAUGAGGCAAUGUCUACAUCUGAGCUAUCAGGUGGAGCACGAAUUAAUUACAUUUUUCAAUCCAUAUUUGUGAGGAGUUUAGAGGAAGUGGAUCCGUGUGAAGACUUGACUGAUGAUGAUAUUCGUACCGCGAUACAGAAUGCAACUGGACCUAAAGCAGCACUGUUUGUUCCAGAUGUUCCAUUUGAAGUCCUUGUGCGGAGGCAGAUAUCUCGGCUAUUGGAUCCAAGUCUUCAAUGUGCCAGGUUUAUAUAUGACGAGUUAAUGAAGAUCAGCCAUCGCUGUAUGGUGACUGAACUGCAGCGAUUCCCUUUCUUAAGAAAACACAUGGAUGAAGUUAUUGGGAACUUUUUACGAGAAGGCCUUGAACCCUCAGAGACUAUGAUCACACACAUCAUAGAAAUGGAGAUGGAUUACAUAAACACUUCCCACCCAAAUUUUAUUGGUGGAAGUAAAGCAUUAGAAGCUGCAGUUCAACAGACCAAGUCUUCUACAGUUUCUCUGCCAGUUUCUAAAUUGAAGGAUGCUUUGGAUUCUGAUAAAGGAUUAGCUUCUGAGAGAAGUGGAAAGUCUCGAGCUAUUCUUGCAAGACAUGCCAAUGGAGGAAUGGCAGAUCAUGGUGUGCGUGCUGCAUCAGAUACUGAUAAAGUAGUGCAUUCUGGAGCUGCUGGUGGAUCUAGUUGGGGGAUCUCAUCUAUUUUUGGCGGAGGUGAUAAUCGCGUGUCUGUGAGGGAGAAUACAAAUAGUAAACCUCAUUAUGAUCCAGUUCAGAGUGGGCAUCCAUCCUCUACAAUUCAUUUGAGAGAGCCCCCUUCUGUCUUGAGGCCAUCUGAGAGAAGUUCAGAGACACUAGCUGUUGAAAUUACAGUAACAAAGUUGCUUUUGAGGUCAUAUUACGAGAUUGUCAGAAAAAAUGUUGAGGAUCUUAUUCCUAAGGCGAUUAUGCACUUCUUGGUAAAUAACACGAAGAGAGAGCUGCACAAUGUCUUCAUCGCAAAUCUAUACAGAGACGAUCUGUUUGAAGAGAUGUUGCAAGAGCCUAAUGAGAUAUCCGUUAAAAGAAAGCGCUGUCGAGAACUGCUCCGAGCUUAUCAACAAGCUUUUAGGGACUUGGACGACCUACCUCUUGAAGCUGAAACAGUUGAAUGGGGACACAAUUCGCCUGAAACAAUUGGCUUGCCUAAAAUUCGUGGAUUACCAACUUCUUCUAUGUAUUCUACUGGCAGUUCAGGAGACAGUGUCUAA